AAGGUCUAUUUUUCUUAUAGUGCAAGCUCUACGAUAAUUUACAAGUAAGAUGAUGAAAGUACUUUAAACUAAAAAAAAAAGUUAAUGUAUUUAUUAAUUCGUUAAUGACCUAGUGAUUGUAUUAGCCUAAUCCUUGGAAAUACGACAUUUACACUCGGGCGAAACAUUGCAAACCAUUAUUCUUACACAAACUCUACGAGUUGUAAUUCAAUUGGCCAAUCUCCGUGAAAACAUUAGAAUGUAAUCCAACAGCUAUCCUCAUCAUCUAUCAUAUUCCAGCCUUUCAUCCCCUCACACAGUCUGUUGAAUAUUUAUGAGAAUGCCGACGUCACCAGAGCGCUGAGCAGCGCGUGAAAAGCGGGAUGUGAGGGAGGGAGCAUGCGGGGAGCGCGAGAGAAGAACGCUUCCAUGCAAACCGUCGCUUGACAGCGUCUUUUUUACUUCCACCUGCGUUCGUUGCAUAAGGAUUGUGGAUUUCAUCUGCCCGCUCAUCUAAAUCGUGUCUUAUUUCGAUGCCCGAGCGCGAUGCAUCUUUGCUUUUACAGAUAGAGUCGCAUGAAGGAUGCUGCACACGGAGGAUCGUUGUUUGACAUGCACUGACAUUUAAAAUGAGCCAUCUGAACCGUGCACAUCUCAUGCAUUUUGACUCAUGAGUGCACAGCGUGAUUAAACGCGUGCUUUUAAUCUCCGUAGGCUGCUCUGACACAUUUCUAAACGUUUGUAAUGGGGGUCAGCAGAAGAACCCGAGGCGGUGAGAUCUGAUUGCAACCUCUAUUGCGUGUUUUACUUAUAUAUCAUAUAUACUUGCAUCAUCAUAUACGCGCGUUGAUCAGCUGUUAAGCUUGUGAAACUGCGGAGCGCGCGGGUUGUGUGUGGUGCUGAAAGGACAGCUCCCACCACAGCGGAUCAUAUGGAUCAAUAUUAGGGGUCUGACAGUGUCGCUCUCGGGCUUUAAUGGCUGUGGCACGCAAGAUCAAAACUCUGCUGACGGUCAACAUUCUGGUGUUCGUCGGGAUCAUCUUGUUCUCGGUCUACUGCAGGAUCCAGGACCGAUCCGAAGAGCUCGUGCAGCUCGGGAGGCUGUCGGAUCAGAGACUGCGAGGCAGGAAUGCCAAAGUUACGAACUCCAUGGACAGACAGUCCAUUCUCAAAAGGCUCGAGCGACUAGAAGAUGUGGUCUAUAACCAGUUAAAUGGUCUAGCCAAGCCCAUGGGUCUGGUGGAGGGUCCUGGAGGUCUAGGACAGGGCGGUGCAGCUGCCACGCUGGGGGAGGACAGCCGAGAGAGCGAAGGGAGGUACGAGGAGUAUGGCUACAAUGCCCAACUGAGUGACCGCAUCUCUUUAGACAGGAACAUUCCGGACUACAGGCCGAAAAAGUGAGUAUGCUGCAAUGACUUUAAAC